AUGACUUUCUUUCUUUCUUAUGGUAACCAGAGUGCUUAUCUGAAGCUUGGACGUACACAAGGCUGGUUCUUGAGUUCGUUGUUUCAAUCUUCUCGAGUUGGAUCACAAAUUUAUAUUAAUACUCGAACUCGAAAAGAUGGAAGUAUUGUUAAUGAGAAGGCCGCUAAUGUAAUUGAAGAACUAAAGAAGCAUAUGGUAGAGGAGGCAAAAAGUUCAAAUAAUUCUCAAACCACUCAAGAUUCUACAAACUGGAAGAAUGAUAUUUACUCAAAAGUUAAAGGAUCCGAAAAAAGAGGACGUGUGCGUUGUCUUGGCAAGAUUGCUCGACACGCAAGUUCUAGCUCUAACUCUCAUGCUAACCAUAGAGUUAAAACAUUGGAGAAUUUGCUUGGAAAUCUUGUUUCCGUUCUCCAAGUACGGUUCUCUGAAGAUCCACAAAUUAAUGAGGUUUUACAAACUGUAGCUGAACAGGUGAGUGGAGACAACAUUGGGUAGGGUUUCUGGAGAAAAGGUUAUACCCAAGUGGCAAAUUAUUUGAUCCUCUUGGUUUAGCCAGUGAUCCUGAAAAGAAAGAAAGACUUCAAUUGACAGAGAUUAAACAUUAUCGCUUGGCUAUGGUUGUUUUCCUCAUCUUUGCAAUCUAAGCUGCUGUUACUAGAAAAGGGCUUUAGGAGUUGGUUUAUCAAAUCUGAAAUAUUUCUCAACAACAAGUGUUGCAGGACAAAGAAUAAUGGAAUGAUAGAGUUCCAAAGAUAGAUUCUAAAAACAUGGAAGGAGAGAUUUUAGAGAAAAUUUUAGGAUAAUUUGAAAUUAAAAAUGUAUUCAUAAGUGGAGAAAUAUAUCACUUUUGUAAAGAUUUUAUGAUUUACUUAGUGGAGAAAUAUAUU